UGUAAACAACAAGGUUGCAUAAAAACGUAGUUCCGUAUUCUCUUUUACUUUUGACAUUUUGUUCUCUUCAACCAUCAUUAUUUUAAAAUUUUGUAAAUAAACGCAACGUAGAAGAGAAAUAUUGAUAAUUUUUUAUAAAAGUGUUUAACGCAUUAGAAGAUAAAGUAUUUCGAUUUAGAAAUACUUUUACUAAAACUACGCACUUUAAAAAACUUUUAUCAACAACAAAAACACGUGUUGUGAUAUAUUUUUAAUUCACUUCCAAAGGGAUAUAUUUUAACACUACAGCUCCAACAUGGGUAUGGUACAGAAACGCAAGAAGAUGCACUCCGGUGAUACACAUCUUCAGAGACGUUGGCGUGUACGUAAUCGUACACGCGAUCUUGAUCUCAUCGAUGAAGACUUACGUACACAAUCGGCCCAGUUAAUCAAUCAAGCUGUUGAUUUGGAAAAACCAGGUUUUGCCCAAUUCUAUUGUGUUCACUGUGCCAAGUAUUUUAUAGAUGAUACCGCUAUGCAGGCACAUUUUCGCACUAAAGUUCAUAAACGUCGUCUAAAGGCUUUGGAAACCGAACCCUAUACCAUUGAAGAGUCCGAACGUGCUGCCGGUCGUGGCAGUUAUGAGAAACCUAAGAAACGUACUAUGGAAACACAACCCUCUAAGGAGGAAGUUAAGGCCGGUAAACGUAUUAAGGUUGAGGUCGUUGCAGAAGGUACACCAGCUAAGAAACAAAAAAUGCAAAAAAUGGAAACGUAGUAAGGACGGAAUAGCCAUUUGAAUGAAAUUGGUCUUAGUUUUAAGCUGUAAUAUUUUUUAUUUAGUUGCAAAUUAAAAAAAUAAUAUUUUUAACGUAA